AAUGAACGGUCCCGGGAGCGGCGGGCACCCGGGAGGGGGCGGCCGGAAGUCAGCGCGGUUUUGACAGAAGGGGACUGCGCGGAGGCGGCGGCAGAGACUGAAUCGGCCGUGUUUGCAGGAAGCAGCUACCUGAUGUGUAUCAUCUUCUUUAAGUUUGAUCCUCGCCCCGUUUCCAAAAAUGCAUACAGACUCAUCCUAGCAGCGAACAGAGAUGAAUUCUACCAUCGACCGUCCAAACUCGCCGAUUUUUGGGGCAAUAACAAUGAGAUCCUCAGUGGUCUCGACAUGGAAGAAGGGAAGGAAGGAGGGUCAUGGCUUGGGAUCAGUAAGAAAGGAAAGCUGGCAGCCCUGACAAAUUACAUGCAACCAAAGCUCGAUAAAGAUGCCAAAGGCAGAGGUGAGCUCGUGACCCACUUCCUAACCACAGAUGUCGACAGCUUCUCCUAUCUGAAGAAAAUCUCCUCUGAAGCGCACUUGUACAACGGGUUUAACUUAAUAGCCGCAGAUUUAAACACCACCAAGGGAGAUGUAUUUUGCUACUACGGAAACCGAGGUGAGCAAGAGCCUAUCGUUUUAUCGCCGGGUGUGUAUGGAUUGAGCAAUUCUCUCCUGGAGACUCCGUGGAAGAAGCUGCAGUAUGGGAAACAGCUCUUCGUGGAUGUGAUCGACCAAAGCCAGGACCUCACCAGAGAGGAUCUGAUCAGUGAGCUGCUCAAAGUGAUGAAUAAUCAGGAAUGCCAGCUGCCGGACCCCGCCAUCGAGGACCAGGGCAAGGAUUACAUCCUGCCCAUCCUGAACCAAUACGCAGCAGUGUGUGUGCGCUGCCCAGGAUACGGCACCAGAACCAAUACCAUUGUUCUCAUUGAUGCCGAAGGGAACGUCACUUUCACUGAGCGCAGUAUGAUUGAUGAGGACGUCAGCCAAUGGAAGACUAACACCUACCAUUUCCAGCUGCAGAGUGAUUAGCUUUGCAUUCCAAUGGGCGCCGGAGAAAAGAAGGCUUGGAGAGCAGCUCCUGAGACCACCUUGCACAAAUUCCAGAACCAGGGGCUGCUGAACCAUCCACACACCAAGAACCUUUGCACCAUCCCGACAGAGAACAGUCAGAAGGCGCCCCGGCUCUCCAACGUGUAUUUAUUACCACUUUAGUGUUCCUUGUAAGUGUCCAGGGCUGACCCGGCCUGCCAACGGAGAUCAGCCAGCUCGCCCCUCAUCAGCUGCUCGCUCGCUUUCCAAGAGGCCCAUGUGGCUAAGGGGUAAAUGGAGUCGUAUCUUUCCCUAAGAAUCUAUGCAGUGACACUGCAGCGCCCACACACACACACACACACACACACACACACACACACACACACCCAUCCCCCCUUACUUUAUGUUUCCUACUCUGAGCAUAAAGAGGGGAGAAGCAGUGGAAGGGGCAGUCACGUUUUCCAGACCACACUUUCCCUCCUUAAUACAGUUUUCCACUUGGCUCAACUACUGGCUCCCCCGAUCUUUUUUUAAUUAAGUGAAAACCGUAGGAAACCUUUGGGUGAAAACAACGCGACUUCACUCAUUUGUUUCAGAUAGGCCCCUUGGUAUCAUUUAAUCACGGACAAUAAACUUCAGAUGAAGUCGAUGCAAGAGCCCAAGGAAAGCCAGUUCUGAAAACUCAACAAAUCCAUGAUAAACACCCGCUACCAAGACGGCCGUCCAGCCCUCUGCACUGCUGUCCACAUGUCAGGGGCCGCUUCUGGUUCUGCUCGCUUACAUGCAGUUCUGAGCCCCCUUAAUGAGUCUCUCUGUACAGUCUCAGAAGCUUGAAGUGGGGGGUCGUGGGGGAAGGGGGGGUGUCAGUUCAGUCAAUGAAGCAAGGAGGGCCCGCUCUCCGGGGGCAAUACUACCAGCCUCCUGUGACCCUCACUUAUUUCCCCAGGGACAGAAAGUCAGUAGGAAUACAUCUGUGGAAUCUGAAAAGCUGACAAUAAAAUACUAAUUGAAAAUGGA